GACCGCCGGUACACGGCUGCGACGACGUCGACUUGGACGAGCCGGCGCGAGGCCGCGACACGGCGUCCUCCCUCGUCCCCGCCGACCCGCCGCCACCCUACCGCUCGCCGUUCAACAGCCGCACCCCCUCGCCGAACGGCUCACCUGUCGCCGCACCAGCUCGACGCCCGACUCGCCUCUCCUUCUCUCGCGCAUCCUUCUCCACCUCGACCCCUUCCUCGUCCCGCCCUCCCUCGCCCGUCCUGCGCGCACGGCCCGUCUCGAUGGUCGCCGCGCCCCUCUCAAGCUCGACGCCCCUCUCCGACCCGCUCCCCUCCCUCGCCUCGUUCCCCUCGCACCACUGCGUCGUCACGUCGCGCCUCGCCAUCCCCGACUUCUUCGUCGUCGAGGAGCUCGGCCUGAUCCAGGUCGCGACGCCGAACUUGACCGACCUGGCGGCCAUCAAGACGCUCUUGCGGGUCGAGGGCGUGCGACGAGGGGCGCAUGCCGUCCUGGGCGUGCAGACCAAGGCGUGGGAGGGUGCGGGAGGAGGACUCACGGGCGUCGGGAGGGCCGUGCGGCUGCGCAAGAAAACACCUGUCGCGCCC